UUCGACAAGGUGGUGCUUUGUUCAAUCCCUCGACUAUGAAGUCUCGUUAUUUAUCAACGUAAAGUUUUAAGCAUUUAAAUUGGGGUAUACUUUCCUGUGGCAAGAUGGCACUGCCGAUGUACAGAGGUUCCCCCCACCCACCUCCAGUAACUCCUCGAUCUCGGUCAAGUUAUGACAAAUCGGUAAGCAGCAUGGCCAUGUCCAAGAGCUCCAGUGCUAGUCCUUUUGUGUCCUCAUCUCAUGGACACCCGUCCUUUAAUCCCGUCAAAGUCAGCUUCAGUAGCAGCAAGACUGCAGGAGGAGGAGAUUCCAAAGUACCAAAGCCACCCAAACCUCCAGAUAAACCUCUGAUGCCCUACAUGAGGUACAGCAGGAAGGUUUGGGACCAAGUCAAAGGAGCUAACCCAGACCUGAAACUUUGGGAAAUUGGCAAAAUUAUUGGUCAGAUGUGGCGUGAUUUACCUGAAGCUGACAAGCAGGAGUUCAUGGAUGAGUAUGAGGCAGAAAAGGUCCAGUACAGUGAACUGAUGAAGGCCUACCACAAUUCUCCAGCUUAUCAGGCCUGGGUAGCAGCAAAGGGCAAAGGAAAAGCUGCCGCUGCUGCUGCUGCAGUUGUUGCCGAUACAUCAAUGGAUGAUGAAGAGCAGCAACAAAUUCCCCAAAGGACCCCGAGAGGUCAACAGAAUUCUAAAAUGGAUACACAGGGGAGGAUAAGCAUCCAGCAGGCAGAUGAUGAUGAUGAUGCUGAUGAUGGCUUUCUUAUUAAACACAUAGCACACUCACGCUAUGUUCGCAAUCAUAGACUCAUUAACGAGAUAUUUAGUGAAACAGUUGUGCCUGAUGUACGGACAGUUGUUACGACAACACGUAUGGGAGUGUUGAAGCGUCAAGUCCAAUCUCUCACAAUGCAUCAGAAAAAAUUGGAAACUGAACUACAGCAGAUCGAAGAAAGGCAUGAAAAUAAAAAGAGAAAAUUUCAAGAGGGCAGUGAACAGUUUCAAGAUGAUCUUCAAAAGUUAUGUGAGGAUAAACCCCAGGUGACAGAGGAGAUGUUCAAUAACAUGGUGGCUGUGGCACGGGAGGACCUGAAAGUACGGCACCAGCAAUACCUACAGCAGCAAGAAGAGGAGAGGAAAAAGGCGGCAGAGCUGGCUGAAACCAUGAAGGAGGAAGGUGAAAAUCAGCCAGAUGAUAACAAAAAUGUCAUCAAAAGUGAGGGGAAAACUGGUGUUGAACAAAUGGAUGUUGGUGAGGCUGUUGUGGAUUCGACAACCACAGAGCUGACAGUCAUUGAUAAACCCACCCUGGCUGAGCCUGCUAAAGAUACAGACCUGGACACAUGUAAUUCCCUGGAUGGACCUGGCUUAGAGGAAGGCAGUACCCUGGAGGACUUGGGGGUCAACAGACGAGAAUUGGAUAGUCCUGAUUCCCAAAAAACAGAAGACCUGUCUCAAGAUGGCAUGCCUAUGAGUAUGAUGCUGGAUGCCCCAGGAGAUGAAGGACUGUACUCCCCGGAGUCUCAGGGCUCUUCUCCUGAUCAUACCCCAGAAAAAGGUGACAGUCCUGAGUCACAGGGUGAGACUACACCAGAAAAACCCACAAAGGUACGAAGAAAGAAGGACCGUAGUGACAAGGGAGAGAAACAAGACAGUCCUGCUGGGGAACGAGGAGCUGGUCCGCGUCGUUACCCGUGCGACAUCUGUGGGAAGGCGUUUAAGCACAAACACCAUAUGACUGAGCACAAACGUCUGCACACCGGCGAGAAACCGUUCAGAUGUGGGCGCUGUGGCAAGCGCUUCUCCCACUCAGGCUCCUACAGUCAGCAUAUGAACCACCGACUGUGUAAAACAAACAGCAACAAUGAUGAUGACAUGGAUGAACAACAUUCACCUGGAGUUGGCUCCCCUGCCCCUUACUCUGAUAUUGAGAAGAUUGAAAAGCCUGAUAAGCCCAAGAAGAAAUCUAAAGCCAAAGACAAGGAAGUGGUAGUAGAAAAUAAUAAUGGUGAUCUGACUGAGGAGGCGGAUAAGGCAGGGGACAAUCUAGAGCAUGAGGAAUCCUGAGUAGUCUUGUGGCUACAGAUUGUGUUGUAAUGGUGUAAAUGUUAAUCACAAACAUUAUGCUGUCCUUUGUCACAAAUGUAAGGAUAGACCCUUCUGUAAUUGUGACGUGGCUAGCCUUAUCAAAAGGACUCCACGGAGACCAGUCCUUUUAGUGGACCAAUGAGGCUAAUGCUUACAGAAAACCAAUGAUGUUUGUCCUAAGAAGACCAGCAAGGUAUCCUUACAUAGAACCAAUGAAGCCAGCUUUUUAUUGGGACUUUGAGACUAGUCAUAAAUUUGGACUGCCAGAAUGUGCGUGCAUAUUAGUAGAGAUGUUGAGACUAAGUAAAUGAGGUUUGACACAGGAGAGCUGCUGUCUGAUGAAUUCUUUUCCCAUGGUGCUGUUCCUGAGGAUUUGAGGUGGACUAUAUAUGUGUAUGAUGGAUGUGGAUACGAUGAUCUUCUGGUUCUGUAUAGGUGUACUCUUUUCCCUAGAUAUCAGCUGAACAAACACCCGUGAGGAUCAUAUUGAACAGCUUUUUAUUGUUAUAUGUUAUUAACUGAUUUAUAAAAAGAAUUGCCCUAUAGGCAAUUGGAAGUUUUCUACUUCUGUUCCAUCUUAUCCUAAUACAAAGUUAUCUCAUUACCAUCAGAGAUGUAGAAAAACCCAAACAAUUUUCAUUUGCAAACUAAUGAUGAAACAUUCAAUACCUGCUCUCAAGGGCAGAUAAUUCAGAAUUACAAAGACAGAUAGCAUAGGUAUAAUUACAAUCUGGACAGAAUCUUGGAAUACUUUCAUGAAAUACAUUUAGAAUCUCAAGAAUGUACACAAUGUACCAGUCAGGUAUAUGUUAGAGUAAAAUUGUGUAUACAAUGUGUUGUCAUAAUCUUGAUGUUUGUUGUGUAUUUGUGUUGAUAUGUAACUAGUACACUACUUCAAUCAGAAGCUGAUAUUUGUAAUGAUAGCAGUAUAAGUUGUUUUCGUAAACUUAUGGGGUGGCCUCAAUUUUGUGCAUUUUCCACUGCAUUUUCAGACUUGUGCGAAUUCAUUUGGUGUUUUAGUAAUCCUCACAGGAUGGCAUGAUCAUGUGUAAUACAUUUAGAAGUUCUCAAUUCAGUUAAAUGUGAAUAUUUUGUUUUCUUGGAAUUUCAAAAGCAGAAGGCAAUAUGAAUUUCAGACCAUUUUGUUCAAUUCACUACAUGAUGAUUGUUUGUUGUCUUUAGAAAGUCUUAUUUCAAUAUUCAAAUUGGAUGUUUUCGAUCUUAGAGCAAGGGAAUUGUCUGGUCACAGUGAUGAGGAAAAAUUAAUAAGGAUAUGUUACAUUUUAAUUCUUGGUUGAGAUUUUUCUAUAUACAUUGUAUUAGAUGAUAGGGAAGAUGGUACAUUUUAAUUCUUGGUUGAGAUUUUUCUGUAUACAUUGUAUUAGAUGAUAGGGAAGAUGAAAGCUUAUUUCAGCUGUGAAAUAAAACAAUGAAUUUAUGAA